CCCUGCACAGAUGCGCUCUGUCUCGCCAUUCUGUAGCUGUACUCUGUCGUAAACGGGAGUUGCACAGUUCUCUGCUGCAGCAGUCAGUCCAGGCUUGCAUGGAACCGGCUACAGCGGCACUACGCUCGCUCACACCAACCAAACAACUGAUACCGCGCCACUUGGAGUUUGGAACUGUAUGUCACGAGCCGCAUCCUGGCGUCUUCCAUUUCCCGCGUGAAGGAAUCACGAAUACGCUUAGCUGAAACCAGGAGGAAAUAAAAUAGCGCACCGAGGAGGAAUGUUUGAUUACAUUUCUUGUCAAAACAGUGAAAUACAGGAAGCUCCGACACGGAGCGCAACGUAUUUUGUCUUUGAGCAUUGCUCUAGAAAUGCGGUCGCUGCUGGUAAAUGUCGUCUUGAUUUUUGUUUUUGCCGCGGUGUGAACUUCACCAACCUUCCUAAGCUCUCCGCCUGAUCAUGCGAUGGAUCUCCUCCAGUAGCCUACAUUCGUCUGUCAGCUCUCUCCAGCGGGGACUGGAUGUGAGGAGGGUCCGGGGAGAGGAGAGACACCCACGGCUCCACUUGGGAUCUAAAGGCGCUUUGUGACCAGGUUUCUUCUCUUGGAUAGUCUCCUGCUCGGCGCGGUGCUGGGCAGCCUGUGGAUGGUACAGAAAUGACUUUAGGAGAAAAACUCUGCCUCGUUUUCCUAUUUUUUCGGAUUCUCUUCACUCCUACCAGCCACGGCAAUCAAGUGGUACUGCUGGACACCACCUCUGUUUUGGGAGAGCUGGGAUGGAAUACCUAUCCCAUGAAUGGGUGGGAUGCUAUAACAGAGAUGGAUGAACACAACCGUCCCAUCCAUACCUUCCAGGUGUGUCACGUGAUGGAACCCAACCAGAACAACUGGCUACGCUCCAACUGGAUCUUCCGCCAGGCCGCACAGAAGGUGUACGUGGAGCUGCGCUUCACUCUGAGAGACUGUAACUCCAUCCCCUGGGUAUCUGGGACCUGCAAGGAGACCUUCAACCUUUUCUACUAUGAGACAGACGAGUCCCACGGGGUCAAGUUCAAACCCGCCCAGUACACCAAGAUCGACACCAUCGCAGCCGACGAGAGCUUCACCCAGAUGGACCUGGGAGACCGCAUCCUAAAGCUCAACACUGAGGUACGGGAAGUGGGUCCUAUCUCCAGGAAGGGUUUCUACCUGGCGUUCCAGGACAUUGGGGCGUGCAUCGCCCUAGUCUCAGUCAGGGUGUACUAUAAGAAGUGUCCCUUCACCCUGAGGAAUCUGGCCUCCUUCCCUGACACCGUGCCCCGGGUCGAUUCCUCCUCCCUGGUGGAGGUUAGGGGAGCGUGUGUGGAGCAUGCCGAGGAGAGGGACACUCCCAAACUGUACUGCGGCGCCGACGGUGACUGGCUGGUGCCUUUGGGGAAGUGUGUCUGUAGCCUGGGCUAUGAAGAGAUGGACGGGGCAUGUCUCGCGUGUCGUCCAGGCUUCUACAAGGCGUUUGCGGGGAACAUCAAGUGUUCCAAGUGUCCCCCUCACAGUUUCAGCUAUGGAGAGGGGGCUGCUGUCUGCCACUGUGAGAAGGCUUUCUACAGAGCUGCGAGAGACCCACCCACUAUGGCAUGCACACGUCCCACUCAUCGUAACGUGGUCCUUAACCUGAAUGAACACCAUCUCUUCACAUAUCAUCUCAGGUCCCUUGUCCUCACCUCUCGUAAGUGGUCUUCAAACCUGAAUGACACGCUGUCUAAUGUUUAUGACGUGGUUCAAGCCCAGUGA